UCGAAGGUUACAGAUCCGGCGUCGUGGCCGUGCAGGAUAAGCUGGAGAAGACCAUUGAGGAGUACGCCAGGCUGCUUGACUAUGCCUCUAACGGCUUCAAACGCAAGCACGAUGGGUCUGAUGCCGAGUUAGACGCCAGUUUCCUGCAGCCAACAAACAAACGCCCGCGCGUGGAGAACGAAGACUCGUUCCAUGUGACUAUCACGGGUGUGGUGUCGCUUAAGGAAGUCGACCCCAAG